AUGCAAAAGAGCCCAGGAAGAAAGACAAACCUAAAUAAGAAGCUAACUUCUGUAAGGAGAAACUGAAUGGAAAGGGUGAUGCUGGCUGCUGCCUUUGCAGACUCUAACUCCAGCAGCAUGAACACGUCCUUUGCUCACCUCCACUUUGCCGGAGGGUACCUGCCCUCUGAUUCCCAGGACUGGAGAACUAUCAUCCCAGCUGUCUUGGUGGCUGUCUGCCUGGUGGGCUUCGUGGGAAACCUGUGUGUGAUUGGCAUCCUCCUUCACAAUGCUUGGAAGGGAAAGCCAUCCAUGAUCCACUCCUUGAUUCUGAAUCUCAGUCUGGCUGAUCUCUCCCUCCUGCUGUUUUCUGCACCUGUCCGAGCUACAGCAUACUCCAAAAGUGUUUGGGAUCUAGGCUGGUUUGUCUGCAAGUCCUCUGACUGGUUCAUCCACACAUGCAUGGCAGCCAAGAGCCUGACAAUCGUUGUGGUGGCCAAAGUAUGCUUCAUGUACGCAAGUGACCCAGCCAAGCAAGUGAGUAUCCACAACUGCACCAUCUGGUCAGUGCUGGUGGCCAUCUGGACUGUGGCUAGCCUGUUAACCCUGCCGGAAUGGUUCUUUAGCAACAUCAGGCAUCAUGCAGGUGUGGAGAUGUGCCUCAUGGAUGUACCAGCUGCGGCCAAAGAGUUUAUGUCGAUGUUUGGUAAGCUCUACCCACUCCUGGCAUUUGGCCUUCCAUUACUUUUUGCCAGCUUUUAUUUCUGGAGAGCUUAUGGCCAAUGUAAAAAACGAGGAACUAAGACUCAAAAUCUUAGAAACCAAAUACGCUCAAAGCAGGUCACCGUGAUGCUGCUGAGCAUUGCCAUCACGUCUGCUCUCCUGUGGCUCCCUGAGUGGGUAGCUUGGCUAUGGGUAUGGCAUCUGAAGGCUGCAGGUCCGGCCCCACCACAAGGUUUCAUAGCCCUGUCUCAAGUCCUGAUGUUUUCCAUCUCAUCAGCAAAUCCUCUCAUUUUUCUUGUGAUGUCGGAGGAGUUCAGAGAGGGCUUGAAAGGCUUAUGGAAAUGGAUGAUAACCGAAAAAACUCCAACUGUCUCAGAGUCUCAGGAAACACCAGCUGGCAACUCAGAGGGCCUUCCUGACAAGGUUCCAUCUCCAGAGUCCCCAGCAUCCACACCAGAAAAAGAGAAACCCAGCUCUCCCUCCUCUGGCAAAGGGAAAACGGAGAAGGCAGAGAUUCCCAUCCUUCCUGAUGUAGAGCAGUUUUGGCAUGAGAGGGACACAGUCCCUUCUGUACAGGACAAUGACCCUGUCCCCUGGGAACAUGAAGAUCAAGAGACAGGGGAAUGUGUUAAAUAGAUUUAAGUUUCAAAGCAAAACAAAUUGUGAUUAUUGUAUUUAAUUCUACUGCUCCUUAUCAGUAUUGCUGCCUUUACAAACUGUGAUAAAAUUAUUACCAUUAGGAAUUACAAAAAUGCUUCACAAUCUACACUUUCCAAAUGGGCAAUGUGGUAAGUAGAGAACCAUGUUAGAAGUAAAAAUUGUUUCAGAGUUAGAACCCGGGUUCCCACAGAAUUUAAAUAGUACUGUGUAAAGAUGCUGCUGUCAAAGUGAUUAGAUAGUGCAGCUAUUCCGUCACUUGUUCACAAUGAUUUUACCAGGUACCCCUUAGGACCAGCCCUGUAGUGGACUGGCUGGAGCCUGGAGUAGAUGUUCUGUCUGUCAAAGGCUGACCUUCAGUUUCAUCUUGAACCUACUGGUCCUAAUUUCACCUGCCAAACUGUGUUUCACAUAACCAAGGCUCAAAAUCUACUUUCACUUGAGAUUUUUAACACAUUAAUGAUAAAUUUUAAUGAGUCCUCUUCAUUUGUUUAAUAAAUGUUAAUUUACUUGAUGAAAGUCCCUAUCAUAAUGUUUGUGACGGGUCAAAGAAAACGAAAACAGAAUCUUAUUCCAAUUCUGGACUAAUUUCAAGCCAUGGCUGGUUUUGGCUAAGUUUAAAUAAAUUCAAACUUAUACAAGUCUGCUUCAAUGAAUCUUUUAAAGCUACCUGAAUGAGUCUUCAAAGUCUGAGAAUUUUAGCAGCUUUCCAAUGACAUUCAGUAGUCUGAUGUGGAAAAAAAAAAAAAAGUACUUAAAAAAAUGUUCUCUCUUCACUUCCAAAAUGUGAGAAAGUUAUUCUUCCAUAAGCAGAAAUUUGUGCCUCUUAAUAUCUCCUUUCUCACAAGAUAAACCAUGGUUAAUGAUACAGGUAUUAGUUACUCCUCAAAUAUAAAUAGAAGAUGGAGAUGGUGAUCUUUCUUGUUAACAGUACUAAACUUACCCAUAACACUGAACUUGAACCUUACUCAACUUUUAAAAUAUCACAGGAUUUCUAAGUUAUAAAAAUAAUUGGGCAACCUGGGAAAAGAGAUUAGUAUCAAAAAGAAAACUCAACAAACACAGACAGAAUUUGGUUAAGAAUGCAAAAUAAAAAGCAUAAGGGCAAUGCAGAAAGAAAAGCAGUAAAGUUUUAUACCCAGACAUAUGGUAAAAUUUGAGUAACAGGCAAUAACCAUUCACUUUAUAGCAAGGUAAAACAUAUCCAAUAAAACGUGAUUAUGAUACAUUUCUUCCCCUUUUAAGUAUAAUGACAUUCAUCCAUGAUUCUUGAUUACUUUGUUAUGGAACUCUGGGGGAUUUUCACUGAAAGGUUCCCUAAGAAUAGAAAUGCCUUUAGGGCAAACCAAGCAAUGGAGAAUCUGAAAUAUAAAGAAUAUAUUACGGAAAAAAAAGAUUUUGUUUUUUAUGUUGUCCAUGGGUUUCCAGAUUCUCUGUUUUUUCUUAAGUAGUCAUAGUUUGCUUUUUGACACAGGAGGCAGGGAUAUAUUCUUUUUACUUCCUUUAUUAUAAAUUUUAUUUGAAGCUCAUGGAUUUAAGUAAAGGAAAAUUUAACCCAAGAAUCCAAAAUAUUGUUUUGUGAUAUGGCAGUUUUAAAAAGAAUUAUCCUUGUCUUUAUUUGAAUUAAAAAUUUUUAUGUUCAUUAUAUGUCAUAAAUGUAGGAUGUAAGCUUCCAGGGUUUGACA